CUCGCCGUGAGGCAGGUGGAAGCCGUCCCCCACAGGAGGCGGCCACUCGCCCCCCUGCCUCCUUCCUCGCCAACGACACCGCCGCCGCCGAGGAGCCACAUUUUUGUCUUGCUUCUCGGCCCUGACCGGUCCUGCCCCGACUGGUCGUGCCCGGUUCGGUUCUGCCCUGACCGGUCCUUGCCCUGACCGGUCCUUGCCCUGACUAGUUGUGCCCGGCCCGGCCUUGCCCUGACUGGUCCUUGCCCUGACUAGUUGUGCCCGGCCCGGCCUUGUCCUGACUGGUCCUUGACCUGACUAGUUGUGCCCGGCCUGGCCUUGCCCUGACUGGUCCUUGCCCUGACUAGUCGUGCCCGGCCUUGCCCUGACUGGUCCUUGCCCUGACUGGUCCUUGCCCUGACUGGUCCUUGCCCUGACUAGUUGUGCCCGGCCUGGCCUUGCCCUGAUUGGUCCUUGCUCUGACUGGUCCUUGCCCUGACUAGUCGUGCCCGGCCCGGCCUUGCCCUGACUGGUCCUUGCCCUGACUAGUCGUGCCCGGCCCGGCCUGGCCUUGCCCUGACUGGUCCUUGCCCUGACUAGUUGUGCCCGGCCUGGCCUUGCCCUGACUGGUUCUUGCCCUGACUAGUUGUGCCCGGCCUUGCCCUGACUAGUUGUGCCCGGCCUUGCCCUGACUAGUUGUGCCCGGCCCGGCCUUGCCCUGACUGGUCCUUGCCCUGACUAGUUGUGCCCGGCCCGGCCUUGCCCUGACUAGUUGUGCCCGGCCCGGCUUUGCCCUGACUAGUUGUGCCCGGCCCGGCCUUGCCCUGACUGGUUCUUGCCCUGACUAGUUGUGCCCGGCCCGGCCUUGCCCUGACUAGUUGUGCCCGGCCCGGUCUUGCCCUGACUGGUCCUUGCCCUGACUGGUCCUUGCCUUGGCUAGCCGUGCCCGGCCCGGCCUUGCCCUGCCUGGUCCUUGCCCUGACUAGUUGUGCCCUGCCUGGUCCUUGCCCCGACUGGUCCGGCCCGGUUGUGCCGUGCCCAGCCGUGCCCAGCCCGGUCCCGUCCGGCCCCCAGGAUGGGCUGCCCCCCGAGCCUGCCCCCCGGCCUGCCACGGCUCCGGCUCUUCUCGUCGAGGGCGGCAUGACUCCCUGCUCCUCCUCCUCCUCCUCCUCCUCCUCCUCCUCCGGUGGGCAGCGGCAGGACGUCGGUCUCCCUCCCUCCCUCCCUCCCUGCCAUUUCUCCCCGCUGACGGCGUCCGAAGGGACGGGGCCGGUGUCUUCGCCCUCCGAUCCCCCCCGCCUCCACCGUGCUGCUGAUGGUUAGCGCCGCACCGGUCGCAUCCUCCGCCCCCGGGACCUGCCGCUGAAGCGGGGGAAGACUCGAACCCGCCACCCCCGGGACCUGCCGCCGAAGCGGGGGGGAAGAUUCGAACCCGCCACCCCGGAGAAAGGGACCGAGAUGACCACCGGGCCCGACCGGACUGUGUGAGGCCGGAGCGGGACCACCCAUGUGGCCUGGGGAGUGAGGCUGAUGCUCCGCAGCCCCUCGAGGCAGGUUCCUGCUUUGGGCCCCGCGGAUGCAGCCCCGCUCUGCUUGAACGCUUUGGGAUCUACCGGCCUUUUUUAAUUUAUUUAUUUAUCUUUUCGGCUCAUUUUUUCCGAAAGCAAUCGACGGGGGCCUCCCUGAAAUACCUCCAUACCAGGGAAGCCAAGGUUGUGAGUGUGGGGGGGAUUUAGGGAAGUCGGGGAGACGCCUGCAGGAAGACCGAAGACCCUCUUUGGAAAUUAUCCCGUUGAGCCACUUCAGCGCUGCAAGUUAUCCUGGGGCAAAAUGGGGGAGCAACCGAUCUUCAGCACCCGAGCCCACGUCUUCCAGAUUGACCCCAACACGAAGAAGAACUGGGUUCCCACCAGCAAGCACGCGGUUACCGUGUCCUACUUCUAUGACAGCACAAGAAAUGUCUAUAGGAUAAUCAGUUUGGAUGGCUCAAAGGCAAUAAUAAAUAGCACCAUCACCCCAAACAUGACAUUCACUAAAACAUCCCAGAAGUUUGGCCAGUGGGCAGACAGCCGGGCAAAUACUGUUUAUGGUUUGGGAUUCUCCUCCGAGCAUCAUCUGACAAAGUUUGCAGAAAAGUUUCAGGAAUUCAAAGAAGCUGCUCGAUUAGCAAAGGAGAAAUCCCAAGAGAAGAUGGAACUCACAAGUACACCUUCCCAGGAGUCAGCAGGAGGAGAUCUUCAGUCCCCACUAACGCCAGAAAGCAUUAACGGGACAGAUGAUGAAAGAACUGAAGUGACACAAAACUCAGAACCAAGGGCUGAACCAACCCAGAAUGCUUUGCCAUUUUCACAUAGUUCAGCCAUCAGCAAACACUGGGAAGCGGAACUGGCUACCCUCAAGGGUAACAAUGCCAAGCUUACAGCUGCCCUUUUGGAGUCCACUGCCAACGUCAAACAAUGGAAACAGCAACUCGCUGCGUAUCAAGAGGAAGCAGAACGCCUCCACAAGCGGGUGACUGAACUGGAGUGUGUGAGCAGUCAAGCAAAUGCCGUCCACUCCCACAAAACAGAACUAAACCAGACCAUCCAGGACUUGGAGGCCACGCUGAAGACAAAGGAGGAGGAAAUAGAGAGGCUGAGACAAGAAAUUGACAACGCCCGAGAGCUACAGGCCCAGAGGGACUCUCUGACGCAGAAACUUCAGGAAGUAGAAAUCCGAAACAAAGACCUUGAAGGACAGCUGUCCGACCUAGAGCAGCGGCUGGAGAAGAGCCAGAAUGAGCAGGAAGCCUUCCGCAAUAACUUGAAGACACUUUUAGAAAUUCUCGACGGGAAAAUCUUUGAGCUGACAGAAUUACGAGACAACCUCGCCAAGCUCAUAGAGUGCAGCUAAAGCAGUCGGGAUGCCGGUGGCCGUCGUUUUAAAGCAGCACUGUCUCUCCUCAAAGGACCUCGCUGGGCUCCGCGUUCAAGUUGCACAAAAUCCGAAUCUCGUCCCUUCAGGAGGAGGGACCGUUUGCCAAUUGGAGAAGUACAUUUCAGUGUCAACUUUAGGACUCAGCUUGCAGCUAGUUGAAAAGACGAAAAACUUGAACUACAACUUACCUCCUUGUAUAUUUAUUGGCCAUAGCUAAGUAGAGCGAUAUUACCGGUAAUUCGAUGCAAUCUUUUGCUGAUAUUAGCCCGAGGGAGAAUUCAGUGUCCAGGUCACGUUCCCUCUUGUGUGCGUUAGGGUAGGUAGGCGAGCGGCUUUUUAAAUUGAUUUCCUCGUUUAUUAAUUUUCAAGUUUCUCAUGGCCGGUGUUUGGCGAAAAACACUUGGCGAUGAAAACCCUGUGUCUUUGGUUAUAAUCUUAAUGAUUUCUCAGGAUAUUUUGCACUGUAGAGAAGCAGUGCCGUGACCAAUUAAUUCUUGCCGGGAGUGAAAGAGGAUGCCUCUCUAAUUGAAAGCUAGUUGACCCAACUGCGGGUUUAGCGUUCUUCCCUUUUUAUACAGGGAGAUAUUUCACUCUGGUGUUUACUCCGGUCUUUUAUUAUGAGGUCCCAGGUCUGGUUUCCUUUCCCGCGUUCACCCCGCGCAUUCCUGCGGACGUACGCCGCCUCCCACCGUAUUACGCAUUUUGAAGCCAACCGGCGAAGGCAGCUGAGUCCCGUAGAGGAAAAAAAAUGAUUUUUAAAUUUCCGAGGAGUACGGCACGCGCUACAGAAACACAGUCAAGUAGCCGGCCGUCGAGAGCCUAAGCUCCGAUGGUGCUCUGAGUAUUUACGGAAUGCGGAGUGACGGUGAGAUAUUUCGUGUCUCUUUUUGGCUAGGAAUCUUUUUUCCGAACGUCCGAUCCGCUUCGCUAGCCGUGCGCCAGUGGCCGAGGGCUGUUUGUCCCGGCGCACCUGAAGGCCGUCGAGCCAUUUUCAAAGGGAACGGGGGUGGGGGG